GUGCACCGACAUUGUGGUUGAUUUUGAACAGGUGAAGAUGGCGUCCCCCGCCGAACGGUUCCUGAAGGUCCACAGGAGUGAAAUCGUGGGCCGAGUGAAGAGCGUAAACGGUCUGGCUGAUUGUCUGCUUGAGAAGGAAGUGAUUUCUAAGGAAGCGUUGAAUGAGAUCAGUAGCCAGAAACCAGAAGAGGAGCAGAUGAGGACGGUUUAUAAGCAUCUGAACAGCAGUAAGGCCUGUAAAUUCACAUUAGAAUGGCUGAAGAGACACGAGUCUCAUGUGAUGGAAGAUCUGGAAAAGACAGAGACUCCGGAACCGAGCCACUCGAGAGAAAAAAGACAGAGAAUCCAGAACCAUGAAGCCGUGGAUGAAACAGAUCGUGAUCUCCAAACAUCACCAGAUCUCAAGACCUUAUCCACCAUGGCCAAACUGGACGACUGGGUCUCUGAUCCUAAAAUCAGUGAAAAACUGGUUAAUGACCUGAAGGAGAAGCUCGCUCAGGGUGAAAUGGAGGGUUUGGAGGAUUAUCUGAAGGACAUGAAGCUGAAAAAGAGUCUGUGUCUCACUGCUAAAGAGAUCAACGAGAUCAGACAGAGAAAAGAUCUUCGUUCGUUUCUUACAGACGUUAAAGGAGCCAAAUUUCCUAAAAAUACACUCGACCACUUUUUUGAGAAGGUCAGAAGUAAGGCCUCAACAGCCAAGAAAAAGCCUGAACAGUACAGUAAUUACGACGACUCCAUAAACCAUAAUGCAGAUGAUUUGAACAGCAGUGGAUACGGAUCUUCAUGCAGCUCAAGUUUUAAUAGCAGAGUGUUUCCUCACACUGUGUUCCCAAAUGAGGACGUGUUCAUAUGUGAAGGUGUCACUGAUGUCAGUCACACACACAACAUGGAGGUCACGGAUUACGAGUCCAAAAGCGCAGACCUAGACUUCAAAGCGGACGUUCCACACCCAACAGAAAACGCAGAUCAGAUUCAGCAAGCUGUCAGAAGCAGUGGAGGAACCGGGGAAUUAAAAGAAAAGCAGGAAAUGGACGACACUGACUGUCCUCCUCAAACAUCCUCUCAAAACCCUUUCAAUGUUCCUCAUGUAGCUGUUUGCCAAAAAGAGCAAGUUGUCCAGCUACAGUCCAAGCUACAGGACAAAGUCGAUACCGCAUUUGAAGAAAGAGCGAACACUGGUGGUCUGGUUGUGGAAGGUUUGGAGCCAGAAGAUAAUCAGCAGAGCAGUUACAAUCAUGGAGAUGAUUUUGAUGAGCCGGAUGGACCACAAGGAAUGAUCAUUUUUCCAAAGCUUGAAGACGUUCCCCCUAGUACUUGGAGCCGAGACCUUCAACUACAGUCCGCAGAUGGUGGACAGCUAGAAAAACGCACGGACACACUAAGGAACACGGGUGAAGAGCUUAAGAAAGCCAACUGCUCCAACAUGUCUUCAUUAAAGAACCCAAAACCAAAAAGAGAGAAGAGGAGGAACGUGGAAGGACAGCCGAACAGAAGAAUCGAGCAGUACGGCGCUGUGCUUUGUAACUGGUUAAUGAAUCAAUGCAGCGGCAGUGAGAAGGAGUUCAAGAAAUUAUUCGACCGUAUCUCAGUAAAACACGUAGUAGAACACAGCGAGUACCCGUUCUUCAUAGCUGAAAACAUCACGGUGUUUAAGAACCUACAAACUGGUGAAGAACAGAUCAUCGUCGUGAAGGAUGAGAAGAAGAACUCCACAGAGACCACAAGUCUGAUCCAUUAUCAGAUGUUUGUGUGUGACAUUCAGAAAACUGUCCUCUUAGGUUCUAAAGAGCCUAAAGAGAAGCAGAUCGGCUUUGAGGAGUCCGAGGUUCCUGUAAAUCGCUGCCUGAGGAGCAUCCUGGAGGUGUUCGCUCCUGCUCUCGCGGUGUUCAAAAAUAUUCAGAGAAAAGAAAGACUGGACUCGUAUCUGAAAACGAUCGAAGGGCGGAAAGAAAAUCCUCGUUAAUGUAUUU